UCCUGAGGGGAGGUAAUUUGCACGGAUCAAGGGGGCAAGGCGCCGCAAAGUAUAAAUAGUGUGACUUCAAUCGAGGAUCACCAGCAGGUUCCCCAACUCCGCGAUACCAAAGGAGGGAGAAAUUGGCCGAGGAAGACGCGUCUUUAUGUCCCAUUUUUUUCGGGCGCCUUCCCAGAGAGUUGGCAGCAUCACCUCGUCUCGUUUUCAAGGGGCCGCACCAUUGAUGUCUUAAGCUGCCGUGGAGCAAAGGGAGAGAGGGGCUACGACGGCGAGUCUGCCUGACUGAUUUUUUCCUUCUUUGAAAGGAAAAAAAAAAUCACGAGAGUGUGUGAUGGAAGAGCUUACCGCGUUCGUGUCGAAGUCUUUCGAUCACAAAGUCAAGGAGAAGAAGGAGGUGAUCACCUACCGGGAGGUGCUGGAGACCAGUGCGGCGAGGGCGGCCGGCCGCGGCGGGGAGCCCUUAGCCCCGGAGCCCGGGAGCCGGGAGGAAGCGGCGGUCGUAGUCCGGAACGUGGCGCUCUCGCCGGGGAGGGAGACGGACAUCCUCGGGCCGGAGAGGACCAGAGACGCCGGCAGUCCCAAACUCAUUGACGGCACCACGGAUGUGAAGGAGAGGAAAGAGGAGUCCACAAAGCCCAUGGAGGACGAAGCGCAAACCAAAAUCAAGCAAAGGAGAAGUCGGACUAACUUCACGCUGGAACAGCUCAACGAGCUGGAGAGGCUCUUCGACGAGACGCACUACCCGGACGCCUUCAUGCGGGAGGAGUUGAGCCAGAGGCUGGGGCUGUCCGAAGCCCGAGUGCAGGUUUGGUUCCAGAACAGAAGAGCCAAAUGCAGAAAGCAGGAGAACCAGUUACAUAAAGGAGUUCUGAUAGGAGCAGCAAAUCAGUUUGAAGCUUGUCGCGUGGCGCCAUAUGUCAACGUGGGGGCCUUGCGGAUGCCAUUCCAACAGGAUAGUCAUUGCAACGUGCCGCCCUUCUCCUUUCAGGUUCAGGCGCAACUGCAGCUGGACAGCGCCGUGGCGCAUGCGCAGCACCAUCUGCACUCUCACCUAGCCGCACACGCGCCCUACAUGAUGUUCCCGGCGCCGCCCUUCGGUCUGCCGCUGGCCACGCUCGCCGCCGAGUCGGCGUCGGCAGCGUCCGUCGUGGCCGCCGCUGCUGCCGCCAAGAACACCAGCAAAAACUCAAGCAUCGCCGAUCUGAGACUCAAGGCCAAGAAACACGCGGCCGCGCUGGGCCUGUGACGUCCACCACGACGACGAUGACGUCGCUCGGGAACGCGCACGCACGGGGACGCCAAGGCCACGCGAGGACGCUAUUUAUGUUUUGUUUUUUUUUCCUCCGAUGCAGGACAACUAUAUAAAUAAAGGCUAUUUAUGAGAUUAUGAAAAAUGACUGCUUAAUAGCCUAUGGGAAGUAAUUUUUCUACGCCAAAAAAACAACAAAAACAAACAUGGACGGCCCUUGUGGCGGAAAGAAGAAGAAGAGGAGGAUGCAGCUGGUGGUUGAUACUUUGUCAAACAAGGCGAACCAUUCUGCAGUCUGUUCUAACAUCUUAUUAUUAUUAAUAUUAUUAUUAUUACUUACUGAGGCUGGCCUCGUUGUAGUUCAACACUUCCACGCCAAGAAAUGAAGCGAGGGAAUUCCAAAAUGUUUGCAUGAGUCAACACGCUGACCUUUAUGACCUUUUUCUUUCUUUCUUUGCUUCUUUCUUUCCUUCUUCCCUUUUUUUUUGGUAAAAAUGACGCCAUACACCACAAAUGUGAGAUCAUAAUAUAUGUUGUUUUUUUUUUAUGCUAAGUGGUGUUUCAUCUACUUUUAAAGGUAGUUUUUUUUUUUUUUACGUUAUAUAUAUGACAGUAUAUAACAAAAAAGAACUGUAAAAAGGUACGGGCACAUGUAAAAUAUGUUUAUACACAAGAAACAUCUUUUUGGAUUCAUUUUCUGAGGAUGUUUGACUUCCAUUUGCGUGCAAGCUAUGUGCUUCCUGUAUGUACUUUUUUUAAAAUAUAUAUAUGACAGUGAAAGUGAACUCACCUGAGGCACGGGUUUCUUAAAAAAAAAAGAAAGAAAAAAUAAUACUCAUGACAAUACCUUUUCCAUCUCAUGUGAAACGUGAAUCCACCUAAUCAAAAUAAAUUAACAAAAGGUUCUU